AUGGGGCAGAAGAAGAAGCUGGGAAAGACGCGCCUGGAUAAGUUCUACUACCUCGCCAAGGAGCAAGGCGCGCAGGUGGCGGGGGACGGGGCCCGGCGCGAGGGAGGAAGCGAGAUGCAUGCCAUUGCCCUUCCAUGUUUCCGGUCCCGCGCCGCCUUCAAGCUCAUCCAGCUCAACCGCAAGUAUGACUUCCUGUCCAGCUCCAGGUCGUGCCUGGACCUGUGUGCCGCCCCAGGCGGCUGGCUGCAGGUGGCGGUGAAGAACAUGCCGGUGGGCAGCCUGGUGCUGGGCGUGGACCUGGUGCCCAUCCGCCCCGUGCGCGGCGCCCGCACGCUGAUCGGCGACAUCACCACCACCGAGACGCGGGCCAUGCUGCGCCGAGAGGCGGCAGGCGCGCUGUUCGACGUGGUGCUGCACGACGGCGCGCCCAAUGUGGGCGGCGCCUGGGCCAGCGAGGCGUACAGCCAGUCGGCGCUGGCGCUGGAGGCGCUGCGCCUGGCCAGCGACACGCUGGCCCCGCGCGGCACCUUUGUGACCAAGGUGUUCCGGUCCAAGGACUACACGCCGCUCAUGUACGCCAUGAAGCAGCUGUUCCGCAGCGUGGAGGCCACCAAGCCCGCCGCCUCGCGCUCCACCUCCGCCGAGAUCUUUGUGGUGUGCCAGGGGUACAAGGCCCCCGCCCGCAUCGACCCGCGCCUGCUGGACCCCAAGCACCUGUUCAAGGACGUGGCGGAGGCUCCGCGCAACGCGGGCCCCGACGCCCUGGUCAAGCAGAAGGUCACGCAGCGCCGCUUCCGCGAGGGCUACGAGGACGGCCUGUCCAGCCUGCACCGCACGCUCCCCGCCGCCGACUUUGUCCUGCUGGACGCGCCCAUCGAGCUGCUGGGCAAGUACACCGUGCUGGACCUGGGCGCCGAGGCCGGCGCCGGGGGCGAGGGCGAGGGGCGCGAGCUGGCGCGCUUCGUCGCCGACCACCCCGCCACCACACCCGAGGUCAGGCUCCUGUGCGGCGACCUGCAGGUGCUGGGCCGCUCCGAGUUCAAGCAGCUGCUGAAGUGGCGCCUGACCCUGAAGCGCGACCUGGCCAAGCGGGCGCCGGCGGCGGCCGAGGCCGGGGCGAGUGUGAAGGGGGCCGAGGACGGUAAGACCGCGGAAGACGAGGAGGAGGAUGCGGAGACGCGUCUGCUGCGCGAGAUGGGGGAGAUCAAGGACCGCAUGGAGCGCGUGGCCAAGAAGGAGAAGAAGAAGCGCAAGGAGCUGCGCAUGAAGGCGCGGCUGCGCUCCGCACAGAUGGCUGAGGCGGAGGGCAUCGGCGAGGAUAAUGGGCCGGAGAGCAUGUUCUCCCUGGCCUCCAUCAAGGGCAGCAGGCAGGCCGUGGAGCGGCUGGCGGCGGCGGGCGUGCCGGAUGCCGAGGAUCUGGACUCCGGGUCCGAGGCCGGGGACGUGGCGGAGGACCCCGGCACCGAGUCCGAGGUCGACUCGGAGGACGAGCAGAGGCGCUACGACGCCGUCAUGGACGAGUACCUGGAGACGUCGUACCAGUCGUGGAAGGAGCGGCAGCGCAUCCGGGGCAAGGGCGGCGCGGCGCGCAAGCGGCGGCGCCGGGUGGGCAUGGAGGGCGACCUGUCGGAGGAGGAGGAGGAGGGGGCCGACGCCGGGGACGAGCCCGUGGUCCUGGGCGGGUACAGCGACGACGACGACGACGACGAUACCCCCGGCGACGGCGGCGGCCUGGUCGUGGAGCUGGACGAGAGCAAGGUGGGGGUGGCCACCAGCGCGGCGGCUGCCGCCGCGCAGUGGUUCAGCCAGGACAUCUUCGCCGACGCCGACAUCAGCGCGGCGGCGGAGGGGGACGAUGCAGGGGGCGCGUCGGGAGACAUGAGUGGCGUCGAGGCCGCGCCGGCGCCCGCUCCGGGGGUGAAGAAGGCGGGGCAGCAGCGUGCGGCCGUGCCCGCCGCGCCCGAGCCCUCGGACGCUGACCCGGAGCCCCUCACAGGCGGGCGCUCUGGUGGGGCAUCUAGGGCGGGGUUCGAGGAGGCCACGAUGAUGGCCCUGGCCAAGAAGAUGCUGCGGCGCAGGGUCAAGGACGACAUCGUGGAGGCGGCCUACAACAGAUACGCGUUCCACGACACGGGCCUGCCCAAGUGGUUUGAGGAGGACGAGAAGAAGUUCAUGCGCCCCGCGCCCCAGGUCACGCCCGCGGAGUACAAGGAGGCGCGGGAGGCGCUGCGCAGUGUGGACGCUCGGCCCAUGCGCAAGGUGGCGGAGGCCAAGGCGCGCAAGGCCAAGCGCCUGGGCGAGCGGCUGAGCCAGGCGCGGCAGAAGGCAGAGGCCAUCGCCAAGUCGGAGGACGGCAGUGCGGGGGCCAAGGGCAUCUAG